CAACAACAAUACAGCAUUGUUUUUAUUUUUAAAUGUUGAUGACAUUUUUAAACUUGUAAUUUAAUUUUGAUCUAUAAAAAUGAGCAGCAAAAUAAGAUGCUUGUUGCAAAACAAGAUAUUUAAAAAUGUUGGAAUUUCUGAACUGGCUGUAACAUCAAAUUUAUCAUUGAAAUUUGAUAAAACAAAUGGAACAUUUACCUAUGAUUUACCAGUUAAAUCAAAAAAUUAUGAUAUUAGAAAAGAAGCUGAUGUUAUUGUUAAUAAUAAAUAUAAUGAUAUUAAUAUAUUAAAUAAUGCAAUAAUUUAUGAGCGUAAAAAUCAUAAGCUACUGUCGUUUAAUGUUAAUAGAGAUAAUUUUGUUAAAGAAAUACUUGAAGGAAAUUCAUCAGUUGUAUCACCACCAAUUAUUGGUGAUAAUAAAAAUAUAAUUAUUGAAUUUAGUUCACCAAAUAUUGCUAAACCAUUUCAUGUUGGUCAUCUUAGAUCAACAAUGAUUGGUAAUUGUAUUGCAAAUAUAAAUAUGUAUUUAAAAAACAAUGUUACAAGAAUUAAUUAUCUUGGUGAUUGGGGAACACAAUUGGGAUUUAUAUUACUUGGUAUGAAAUUAACAAACACAACACAAGAUGAUAUUAAAAUUGAUCCAAUUAAAAAAUUAUAUUCAGCUUAUGUUAUGGCUAAUAAAUUAGCAGAAACAGAUUCAAGUGUUCUAGAAAAUGCUAAAAACAUUUUUCAUAAUUUAGAAAAUGGUGAUGUUGAUGGUCUAAAAAAUUGGGAAUUAAUUAAAAAAUAUACAAUUGAUGAAUUUGAAAAAACAUAUCAAAGAAUUGGCAUUAAAUUUGAUGAAUAUAAUUGGGAAUCAUCAUAUAAUUUUUCUAAAGUACAAGAUAUCAUUGCAAUUAUGGAAAAAUUAAAUAUUUUAAAAACUGAUAAUGAAGGAAGAAAAGUAAUAUCAAUAAAUGAUAAAAAAAAUUCAACAAUAAUUAAAAGUGAUGGUUCAACUUUGUAUAUAACAAGAGAUAUUGCUGCAGCAAUUGAUAGACAUAAUAAAUAUAAUUUUGAUGAAAUGUAUUAUGUUGUUGGUAAUGAACAAUUUGAACAUUUUAAUAAUUUAUCAAUGAUAUUAGAAAAAAUGAAAUUGAAUAUUUCACAUAAAAUUCAUCAUGUUAAAUUUGGAAAAAUAAAAGGAAUGAGUUCAAGAAAAGGAACAGCUAUUUUUUUAUCAGAUAUACUUGAUGAAGCUAAAGCUGAAAUGAAAGAUCAACAAAAUAAAACAUCAACAACAAAAAUACUUGCUAAUUUGGAUGAUGAUAAUAGUUCAGACAUACUGGGUAUAUCAGCAGUGAUUGUUCAUGAUUUAAAACAACGUAGAACUAAAGAUUAUGAAUUUAAUUGGAACGUUGCAUUGGAUAGCCAAGGUGAAUCUGGUGUACGUUUGCAAUAUGCACAUUGUCGAUUAACAAACUUGGAAAAAAAUUGUGGAGCAAAUUUACCAAGUCAAUGUGAUCCAACAUUGCUUCAAGAACCAAUUGUUAAUGAACUCGUGGCUUUGAUUGGUCAAUUUGAUGAAGCUGUUAUUUCCGCUCAUCAACAAUUGGAGCCAUGUCAUUUGGUCAAGUAUCUUUUUCAUUUAAGUCAUUCAAUCAACAGAACUAUGACAGAACUUCGAGUUAAAGAUGAACCAUCUGAUGUAGCAUCACAAAGAUUAUUAUUAUAUCAUUCAGCUAAAAAUGUAUUGAAUACAGGAAUGAAAUUAAUUGGUUUGACACCAUUAGAAAAAAUGUAAUAAUAAAUCAAUUAAUUAUUUAAAUUACA